AUGAUGCUCGACGAGUCCCUAGAACGAGCAGAACCCACUGGACUACCCUUGCACGCAACGGGGAAAAUGGAAGAUUUACUGGUGCCAGCUCUAGUCACUCGGCCAUUGACGGGACUACAGGUGGUACAGGUGAUAGAUUUGUCAUGGGGAGGAUGGCACAGUGGCAGUGAUGUCGGGUACUACGAGCAUGGUGCUAGUUCGAUUCCGCUCCCAGCGAACUAA